AUGCAAACAUCCAAUCGUCUGCGAGUGCGCAAAGCGUGCAUUACUUGUAAGAAGCGGAAAGUUAAGUGCGAUGGACAAAACCCUUGCCAAAAUUGCGUAAAGCAUGCCAUUAAUUGCAUUUACAAAUCUGACCACUCAAAACCCUUACUGAAGCCGGCCACGGAAACUCCAGAGCUCAAUAUACCCUUCCAUCAUUCCAUUCUCUCACCAUGGCAAUGCUAUUCACCUCACAAGUAUCGCUUUCAUCGCAGACACCAAAACUUGUUGCCAUACUAUUUGGGAAGGACGCUGAUGAACUCGCUAACGCAAUCCAUAAUCGAUGAACACGCUUUAAGACCUCCGCGCUUGCAAUUCUAUGGUUGGAAUAUGUCUGGGGGACACUACCUAAAACAGAGGCAGACGCUGCCCUCAAAUGACUCAUCACACUGGCAAUGGGAUUUUAGUGACCCUAUACAGCAAGGUAUUGUGGAGAAACUCGCUCACUUCUACUUCGCAAAUGUUAAUCGGUUUUCCUCCAUCAUCCAUGAACAGGCUUUUUGGCAGCAAUUUAGAGCUGGAUUUGUCAAACGAGAUCCACACGGCUCCAGUGAUCUAUUCGAGGCGAUACUCAAUCUCAUCGUAGCCAUCGCAUUGCGCUUCAGCCACACUAGAGAUACAAAUUUUGCAGCACAAGCAUCUAAACAAUCGAUCAACGAAUGCCUGACAAUUGCGGAAGUUGCUUGGAUCGACACUCACCAAAACCUAGAAGAAUCACUGUUUGAUUAUGCUUACACCGUGACGACACAACUGUCUUUUGAAUGGGAAUCUUUUGAAUUGAUACAAUCCUGGCUUUUGAUGGCUUUUUACCUCAGAACUUGCCAUAGACAAGUCUCUUGUUGGCAGGCCCUGAGUCGGGCUGUACAAAUGUGCAAUGGGAUGUCUCUAUUUCUGAAUAGAUAUCCCGAAUAUCACAAUGCUUACGACGAAUGUAGAGCAAGAAACUGCUAUUGGGCCUGUUUUACGUUGGAACGUGUUAUAGGCUUCCAAAUAGGCCGCUUGCCCGAACUAUCAUUACCUGGUCCUCUCAUGGAUCACCCUAGUAGUGCAAGUGAUAGCUGGCUAAGUACAGAAACUAUUGCUUUGUAUCAGCUUGCUCUAAUAAUAACUGACUGUCAAAAGCGCUAUGGGGAAGAACUCUCGGUGCAAGACUACCAAUCCGUUAAGUCGCGACUUCUUGAAUGGCAAGCCGAUGUUGGUCCUCAGCUUGUCGGUGCAGAUUUGUGUACAAAACAAGUAUUUCUUACCUACUGGGACGUCCGCGUGGCCUUAGAGAUAAAAGGCUUGUUUCCCUUCUUAGACGUGGAUGAAAACUAUGGUCACGUUGACGAUGGUGUCCUCACUACACACCCUACUCACACUCCGACCUUAUUAAGCCUAGUUGGCCAGAUCCUCAAUGCGUACGAUGCCAUUGUCGAAUCUGGGCUGUAUUUUCGGCCGUGGUGGUUAAAUUUGUCGCUUUUGUUCAUUUCAAGCAUCAUCUGUUUGAUUCUCAUCCAGAGCGGCUUGAAGCAAUUGCAGGCGCGAUCGCUACUUCAGCAAAGCUUCAAAAUUUGGAGAUACAUCGAACGUGCAAAACCACCAAAUCCUCCUGGUAUGGCAACUGAAUGCGUAUGGUGCUUGAAAAUGCUAAAUCAUAUGUUCUGCCAGAGACUCAAGUUAUCUGCCAACGUGCUCGAAAGCAUAAUUGGUCUCGACCAUGCAAACGACGCCGUGAAUAAUAUUAAGUUUCACCAAUUUGGUAAAGUCGACAAAGAAGUAUCCAGCCAGGAGCCUGUCAAUAUUGAAAUGGCCCUCCCAAUUCUUCCCACCGUCGAGGAUGCCACUGAAAAUGUUCUUGCUCACCUACAAUGGUUCGACCAGUGGUUGGACGUGCAUAAUCUUGACACGAUGCUUUGA